AUGGCGGACCUGGGAGAGCACCUGUCGACAUUUGCUUUAACUGUGGACAAAUUGGACACUGGGCAAGGGAUUGUCAAUCCCCACCGGGAGUAUUCCCGGCUAUGCAGACCUGACGCAGCCUUUGAGGGACCUCGUGAAGGCGCAAGAUUUGCUUUAAAUGGCAUCUUGUUUCAGAGAACAACAGGUGAGAGAAAAAUUUUGAUGUAUAUAUCGGUCAUGUUGGAUAACGUGGAAAAACGUCACCCCCAAUGUACACAAUAUGCAGCAGCAAUAGCCAGAAUGAUUCAAAAGACUGCACAUUUAGUCAUGGGACACAGUCUAACCAUUUUGACAACUCACAGUGUUGUGGCUUAUGUGAAUUCACAAAGCUUCACUAUGACUGCACUCAGACAACACAGGCUGUCCAAAAUUUUGGAAGCACCCAACAUCACAUUUACACAUGAAGGUGUGAACAUGGCAGAUGGCAUGACGGAUGGCGAACCUCAUCAAUGUGAAGAAUUGGUUUCCAGGAUGGAGAAGGUGAGACCGGAUCUAGAGGCUAGUCCUAUUGAAGGCCCACAGGUGAGACAGUUGUUCACAGAUGGCUGUUGUUUCAGACAUGAAAGUGAAGGACUCAGGGCAGCCUAUUCUGUUGUUGAACGAAUAGGCUCAGGAUUUGUAACAAGGAAGGCAGAAAGGUUACAAGGACCUCAGUCAGCGCAGAGAGCAGAGCUAACAGCAGUGAUUGAGGCAUUAAAGUUGGCAGAACAUCAGGAGGUAAAUGUAUAUUCAGAUUCAGCAUAUGCCACAGGUGCAGUUCAUGUGGAGUUAUGUCAGUGGUUGAGAGCAGGAUUUUUGACAGCGGGGGGUAAACCUAUAGAACACGAGAUAGAAAUGAGAGAGCUGGCCGAUGCUUUGUUAUUACCGGCCAGAAUUGCCGUGAUAAAGUGCAAAGGUCAUGAUAACAGUAAUUCAGACAUUGCAUUAGGGAAUCAGGCUGCAGAUCAGGCUGCCAAAGCAGCCGCUGGAUAUGCACCUCAGAUGAUGAUGGUGACGGUGGAAGAUGAGCUGAGAGAAGAGUUGUGCAUGGGUAACAUUAAACUGUUGCAGAGCAGAGCAGCUCCGGAGGAGAAGAAUAUGUGGAGGCUCAGAGGAGCCUCAGAGCAGGAAGGUUGCUGGAGAGGGCCAGAUGGCAGACUGGUUUUUCCUCCAGGUUUGAAACAGAAGCUUUUUUCUGAGGCACAUGGUGUUGGACAUGUGGGUGUCAGACAGAUGAUGGACAACCUGAACCAUUGGUGGCAUCCAUUUAUGUCAGAUAUGGUCAAACAUUUUGUAAAAAGUUGUUCACUGUGUGGGCAAUUUAACUCAAAGAAGACUUUGAAACCUUUGCAGGGCAGAUUUCCUUUGAUCACAGUUCCUGGGAAGGAAGUGAUUCUUGAUUAUACGGACAUGGUGACCCCUGCUGGAGGCUUUAAGUAUUUGUUGGUGUGUGUGGACGCUUUUACAGGAUGGCCAGAGGCCUGGCCUGCUAGAAGAGAGGACAGCAAAACUGUGAUAAAAUGCCUCAUUAACCAUUACAUUCCCAGGCACGGGUUCCCUGAAAAGAUCAGGACUGACAAUGGAACCCACUUCAAGAACCAGGACCUGCAACGAGUGGAGUCCAGUUUAAGGCUCACACACAGGUUUGGCACUGUGUAUCACCCCCAGUCGCAGGGCAAAGUGGAGAGAAUGAACCUGAACUUGAAAAAUAAGUUGGCUAAAAUCUGUGCGCAAACAAAACUAUCAUGGGUUGAUGCCUUGCCUCUCGCUCUGAUGUCAAUCAGGUCUUCGGUUAAUUCAACCACAGGAUUUACUCCUUACGAGCUGGAGACGGGAAGAAGCUUUCCUAGGCCCCAACGUCGACCACCGGGAACUGCAGACGACCUGCAGAGUCUGACAAGUAAGGAGUACUUCUCACAGUUGCAGGCUGUGCUGGAGGCGUACACCAAGAUCCGUGGUCAUCCCGAGGAAGGAGAAAGUGGAACACCACCUCCGGACGUCGACUGGGUUUGGCUCAAGGUCAUCAAAAGAAAGUGGUCAGAGCCGAGGUUCACGGGACCCUUCAAGGUGAUCGAGAGAACCUCACAUGCAGUGAGGUUGGGAGGAAAAGGUAAUACGUGGUUUCAUUGGAGCCAGUGUGCACCAGCAGCAGAACCUCAGAGGUCGUUGACGGAGGUUCAGGAGGUUUAAAGGAGCAGAUCAGCUGAUUGGGCUCAGUCAGCUGUGAAUAGAACCAGACUCAGGGUCACAAUAACACCCUCUGGUUCUUAACACCACAGGCAGUCUACCUGUGUGUUGAAGAUCCUGCCUGCAGAUUCAUCACGUUGUAUUGAGUGGCUGUGGGACGCCACCCUUCUUCUACGAACGUCUGAAAGAAAGAAGUUGAUGUCAUUGUGAAACAAAAAAUAACAAAAAAAAAACGUAAACCUUGUAAUCAUUUAUGUGGUUUUAUAUGCUUUUUAUCUUUCUAGCUUUAAAUAUAACAGAUGUUUUGAUCUACUUUUUACAAUAUUUUUUGAUUUUAUAUUUCUAUAAUAUUUGACUUGUUUGGACUGGUACACAGUCAUUAGGUUACAUUUGCCGGUGAAGGACCUUUGUGGUAAGCUGGUAAUAGUUUUAGGAUUUGUUUGAUCUUACAAGAGGGUUGUUUUUGUUUCAUUUUUUGUCAUAACCUUCGUUUUCAGGUGUGGGGGCCAGUGUACCCUUGGUCUAUAGAUUCUAUUUUUAUAUAUUUUUUAGGAUAUUCCGGUUUUUGUAUGAAGUUAAACAUGGGGCAGAAAUUGGGUACUGGAUUGGUUCAGCGGCAGCUGACGUUGGGUUUAUGGGUUUUACUUCUUAUGUUGUGCAAAACAACAUAAACGGCCUUAUGUUGUUUUCAGCAUUGUUAUUCGAGGAGCAGGUGCUGCUGAUCCUAUUAGGCGUCAGGAGCGGGCCAUUCAGGAUACAGAUGAUUGUCUGACUCAACAUCGUGGUAUUGAACUGCAUUACACUUUGGGUACAAGGGUUGUAUUUGAAUUCGAUUUAUGCUCAGUGGUAGAUUGUGGUAGUGACCCAUCAAUCUGGCAGGAAUCUGAUGUUUAUGCUUGUGUAUUGCCGAAGGGGGUUCCUGACUCCCCCAUACCUUGGUGCUACCGCUGGAUUUAUAUGAGGUGGCACACCGGAAAUGAGGCUGUUCCAGUGCGCCAUGGCAUUGUCCCUUACCAAAGGCCAUCAUCAGGUAGUACAAGGUGUUAAUCCCAUUAUCCUGACCAUUUCAGGGUUGAACAUUAAUCCUUAUUUUGGGGCAUACACUGGGGUUUAUUCUGCAUAUAGUAGUGGAGUUACUAAGCCCAAACCUUGUAGUAUUAGUCCGUCAGGCUUUUAUCUUGUCCUUGGAACAGGGGCAUGGGAUAACGGUCCUGUUGGUUUGAUUAAACUUUCUCUACAUAAUGCGACUACUUCUGGAGUACAGAUUCUUUCACCACAAGUGGGGAAAGCCUUGUCCUCUUCAGGGGGACUUCAUGUAGAUUAUAAUAAAUUGACCACUGGUAACAUUCUUAAGAGUUCUACAGGGGAUAGGAGACGUAAUUUGUGGGUUUCUUGGAUGGCUCAGACUGCCAGACAAUAUACGGAUGAGAGCUGUGUAGCAUGUGCCGCAGCUAGGCCAAUUUUAACAACAGAACCAGCACCUUUGUUUCCUUUUGACGAUCCUACAGGAUAUGAUUGCAUUUUAGAGUUGACAAAAGGCCGCUCGGUGGGGUGUGAGUUCUAUCAUGAUCUUUUCCCACCUAUAAACAACGACACUAUCCCUGGGCCGUUUACUCCGGGUAAUCACAUUAAGCAGUAUGUGUGCUUUAAUUUCACAGGGGAAGGGACAGAGGCUUUAUCAACGUUAGUUGUGAUUCCAUCGGAGUGGUGUCAAUUUUAUUUUCAUUUUCAAGGCAUAGGUUCAUGGGCGAGAGCUGGUUUGUAUUAUUAUUGUGGCGGAAAACAGUUGUUUGUCCGGAUCCCUUUUGACUCUGUGGGUGUGUGUGCCAUGGUAAGGUUGGUGGCACCACUGUUGUUAAUGGGACCGGGUUUAAAUCAGGAACACUUGUUACAUAGAAUUAAGCGUAGUUCUGAUUUUGAUUUGGCACGUAAUUCUCCUACAUACAUAGAUUCGAUCGGGGUCCCCAGGGGGGUUCCCGACAGGUAUAAGUUGGUAGACCAGGUUGCAGCAGGUUUUGAAUCCAUAUUCCUUUGGAUUACUCCUAAUAAGAAUGUUGAUAGAAUUAAUUACAUACAUUACAAUGUGUUACGUUUGUCUAAUCUGACUAGAGAUGCAGUUGAGGGGCUAGCUGAACAAUUAGCUCCUACCUCUCUUAUGGCUGUUCAGAAUAGGAUGGCACUGGAUAUGCUUUUGGCGGAAAAAGGGGGUGUUUGCGCCAUGUUUGGAGAUAUGUGUUGUACGUUUAUUCCUAAUAAUACAGCACCGGAUGGGUUGGUGACUAAAGCUUUAGAAGGUUUGAGGACUCUGAGUAAAACAAUGCAUGAACAAUCAGGAAUAGAUAAUCCUUUGGAUAAAUGGCUGACACAGGCUCUGGGUAAAUGGAAGAACUUAAUUAUUUCUAUGAUGCUUUCUCUGUCAGUGUUUUUGGCAAUUUUGGUUACGUGCGGCUGCUGCUGUGUCCCCUGUUUGAGAACUCUCGCUGUUCGCUUUAUUGUCACUACUCUUGAAAAGGGCACAGUUUCCUCGUCUUCUCCCAAUAAUCAGAUGUUACAGGUGGGGACAGAACCUUCUCUACAGGAUGUGAGAUUGGAGUUGGUUCAGUAUCAUGGGGUGAUAUAAUGAGAUUUUUCCGGUAUUAUCCUGUUUGAUUUUCUGUUGUUCUAUGCAGAUAUAUUGUUUUGCAUGUGUUUGAUUUUGUGAUACUGCCUUAUUAGUUACUGCAGUAUGGUUUUUACAUUUUUAUGCUGAUUAUGAGUUACUCAUUUAAUUUCUUCUGAUUUAUUUCACUGUGUUGAUUUUGAUGUGUUUGACUUGCUAAGGUUAAUUUUUGCAUGCUUUGUUUCUGAUGUUUGCUCCAGUAUGUUUAUCAGAUUCACAGGGGUGUUUUUUCUGUGUCUCAUAUUUUUAGUUUAUGCUUUUAUAUUUAGUACCUGCAUUUUUGUGUGGACUCUCUUUGUGAGAGUCCAAAAGGGGGAUUGUUAUGGAAAUAUAAUCAUAUAUAUAUAUAUAUAUAUAUAAUAGUGUAGCUUAAAGUAAUACAGGUGUUAACUUUAACCCAGUAACCUAAAGAAAUGGAUGUGUGUGAAAACAAAGGGUGCAUGCAAACUUCAGAUAGAUACCAGGAGCAGGAAGCACCAAGGCCAUAUGACAGUCUUGUAAGUGAUAACACUGUUAAAAUGUUUGCAUGAGGGUGUAUGUUGUUGCAGUCAAACUCCCAGGAACCAAGCUAGGAGAUAGAUUAUAUUCAAAAGUCAAAGGUUAAGAAACAGAUGUGUGCAGCAGACUGAAUGUCUCAUGUAGGUCCAGCCCCGCUUGGACUUUCUGUGUUAAAAGGGGGGGGGGAUAACGUGUAUGUGUUGAGACAGGCUUCAGACACAGGCAGAGAACUUAAGGUAUUCGAUGCUGUGAUAAACGUGUAAGUGUCUCCCACUUUGGAAUUCCAAAUUGUAAUAAAUAUAUGUUUAACU